GUUGGAAGUAGUGUGCAAAACUCACGACUUACCUUUGGCUAAGACAUGGAUUCCGUGCGGGCAUUUCAAUGGCAAUUUAGAUAAUAGCUAUGAUACGUUUGAUGUAAGCUGUAUGGGACCAGCCUUUCACUGUAAAUAUGAAGCAUCUUAUUUUAUAGAUGAUAAUCUAGAGGAUUUCUUCUAUGAUUGGAAUGAUUUUCAAAGGGGGCAUGGAGUUGUUGGGAGAGCAUAUCAGUCACAUAAAUCAUGUUUCUGCAAAGAUAUAACUCAAUUCAGCAUUACCGAAUACCCCUCCCUGCCCUUUGCACGCUCUUUUGGCUUAACAGGUUGUUUCUUGAUUUGCUUGCAAAGUACUUGUGCCAAAAAUUAUGAUUACAUAGUAGAGUUUUUUCUGAAUCCUAAAAACACAUAUGGUGAAAACCCAAGUACCUUUUUGUGCCCAAUAUUAGAAACAAUGAAGCAACAUUUCCCAAGCUUUAAGCUUGCUUCUGGAGAAGAACUCGGGAAGGAAUUACCGAUUGAAGUUAUUAAACCUCGCAUGAAUCAGGAGCCUGCUUCUUUUCAAUGCCAAAGUACUUUAUCUCCAUCUAGGCCUGGGGUCUUAAAUAAUGCACAAGAGAUGAUGCAACCACAUUCAUCAAAUCAACAGAUGCUAGUUGAAAUUGAUGAUAUCGACAACCGAUGGAAUCUUGUUGAUGAUGAGCAAAAUAACAUUCCUGUUUCUUGUUCAAAUGAGGGUCGCAUGAAUCAGGAACUUGCUACUUUUCAAUGCCAAAGUACUAUAUCUCCACCCCAGCUUGAAGUCUUGCAUAAUGGGCAAGAGACGAAGCAGCCACAUCCACCAAAUCAGCAACUAAUAAUCGAACUUCGUGAUACAAACAAUGGAAUGAAUGUUGUUAAUGCAGAGCCAAAUGGCAUUCCUGUUUCUUGUUCAGACGAGGCAAUUAAUUCAAUUACUUAUGAGGAACUUAAAAAGCAUUUUGGAAAGAAACUUGAAGAUGUUGCACAGAUUUUUGAUGUGAGCAGAUCUACGUUUAAACAGAUAUGCCGAAAGAAUGGAAUCCACCGCUGGAAACGAGGCAAGAGAAAUAAGGUUAAAGGCUCUCCCUCUAGACGAGACCCUCCAUGUUCUCAGUUGCCUGCUGAGAAACUCGUCGCUACUGUUGCUCACAUGACUCCACUCAUAACAACACAAGAAGUAAGGGCAAUAACUAUAAAGGCAACAUUUGGAGCUGAUAUGAUAAAAUUUAAACUACCGUUUUCAUCAAAAAUGGAGGAGUUGAAAGUGGAAGUGUCCAAGAGGUUGAAGUUAAAUGCUAGAAGUUACAAGAUCAAAUAUAAUGAUGGCGAGGAUCAGAUUUUGAUAGCCUGGACUGGCGGGAAUGUAUGA